GAGUUUCUUAACCUCAAAAAAAUCAACCCCUUUCGCGGAAUCUUUUGAUCUCCGGGAGAAUUUCUUGCAAUUUAACCGGGUAAUUGUUAAUUAAUUUAACAAGAGACUAAGAAAAAAGAUGCUGUGGACACUAUUUGCUCUGGUAUCAUGUAUAAAACUCCUCUUCAUCCCUGCAUACCGGUCGACGGAUUUUGAGGUUCACCGAAAUUGGCUGGCAAUAACACACAGUCUCCCACUUAGUGAGUGGUACACGGAUGACACGAGCGAAUGGACAUUGGAUUAUCCACCAUUCUUUGCCUAUUUUGAGUGGAUUCUCUCCCACUUUGCGAAGCUUUUCGAUGAGAAGAUGUUGAUUGUGAAGAAUCUGGGGUACUCCUCCGAUGCCACGGUGUUCUUCCAGAGAAUCUCAGUUAUUGCCACAGAUGCUGUACUCUUGCUAGGCGUUAAAUCCUGCCUCCAGGGAGUGAAAGACUGGUCAGGGAAGCAAAAGAACAUCGUGGCUGUUCUUCUAACUUUCAACGCGGGACUUUUAAUGGUUGAUCAUAUACAUUUUCAGUACAAUGGGAUUCUCUUUGGGCUUCUUCUCCUCAGCAUUGGAGCAAUAAUUGAGGAAAACUUCCCAAAGGCUGCACUUUUCUUCUCAAUCCUCCUGAAUAUGAAGCACAUCUUCAUCUACAUUGCCCCCGUGUACAUUGUCUACCUCUUCAGGCAUCACUGCAUGCAACGAGGGAACUUCCUGAAGCACCUCGCACAGUUGGCUGGAAUUGUUGGUGUUACAACAUUCAUCUCCUUUGGCCCCUUCUACGCUCAACUCCCACAGGUUCUGUCGCGUCUCUUUCCCUUCAAGCGGGGCCUCUCCCACGCAUAUUGGGCCCCCAAUUUCUGGGCAAUGUACAAUUUCGCGGAUAAAUGCCUGGCUGUUGGGUUGAAAAUUAAAACAGAAGGCUCCUCAACGUCUAGUGGGCUCGUUCAGACAUUCCAGCAUGUGGCACUACCGUCCAUUACGCCGCUGACCACAUUCAUUCUCACGGCGCUUUUCACCGCCCCUUGUGCCGCGAGGGUGCUCCUGCAGAGGGAUGGGAAGUGGCAGGAUUUCGUCCGCGGCGUCAUCCUGUGUGCACUAACAUCAUUCAUGUUCGGUUGGCAUGUCCACGAGAAAGCAAUCCUCAUGGCAAUAAUUCCACUCAGCCUCCUGUCCGUCCACACAGCACUCGAUGCCAAAUAUUUGAUUCUGAUGACAAUCACAGGUCUGUUCUCUCUCAUGCCACUCCUCUAUCCACCCGAACUCACCCCGGUCACUGUGACACUCUGCCUCGUGUACGUAUGCCUCACCCUCUGGAGCCUCACAUGGUUGCACCCGAGCAUUGGAUUCGCCGCAAUUGAGAAAGUCUACUGCAGUGGUUUCGUGGCAUUGUUCCUCUACAAUUACAUCUUCCACUUCCUCCUGAAGAUUGACGGGAAAUUACCAUUCCUCCCACUCCUCCUUACCAGCAUCUAUUGCGCUCUGGGUGUCACGACGCUCUGGCUUUGCUACUACUGGCACUUCAUGCGGGGCAGUCAUCAAGGGAGGGGUACCACCACCCCAGCCCCACAACCACCCACUAAGCCAAAGAAGAAACUUAAGAGUAAAUAAUGUGCGCAUCCAAAAAAGCUCUAGCUCUCUUCAUUCCACCAUUAACCCUUCGAAAUGGGAUUUAUAUCGAGUUAUGCAUCUUUCUCUGUGAGAUGCAAGAAAAAAGCCAUCAGGCACAACAUUUAGACGCCUGGCUGAGAGAAGAAAAUAUUGCAGUGAGCGCAAAAGGAUGGGAUUUGCAACACUUCAAGAGACAAAAGGAGCUUUUCCUUAAAAGAGGAUUUUGUACAAAUUAAUGAGAUUUUUUUUGUAAAAUAAAAAUUAAAUUCUUAUUAAUCUCGA